UUUUCGAGCAAGAUGACCCGAGUUCAGACGUAUCUUAUCGUUGUUAUCGUUUCGGCGUUGUUCUCAACCACUCUGGGAUCGCCAAUUUUCUGGCUUCUUCCGUGGAGUAGCUGGCUCAACCCAACUACCACAAGCAGUACCAGCAGUGGCACUUCCUCAACCAGCACUGCAACGGCACGAACCCCUUCAAAUGUGUCCAUAGCGAUCGGAGACCGGACCAACACAACCGCCGGACUGGACGACAUGGGAACCGUCAUCGACGGGCUAACCAUAAACGCUGGUCGGCGGAGAAGAUCCGCCCAACAGCUGCCCGAGGUGGACUUCAUUGUACCAAGUAAUGAGUCUUAUAUUCAAAUCGGGAACCACGUGAUCAGACUUCCGUCGCGAAACAUUUCCAACAUCACGAUCAACGUGGUCGACGGAGUUCCGUACGUUGGAGCAGGAGGGCUUCCGGCUCCGCCUCAGGAUGUGCCUCCAAAUUUGUUCGACCACAUCAAGAACUUUUUCGACGGGGUCUUCAACCGGACCAACUAAGGCAUUUCCUCGUACUGUGAAAACCUGCUAGUUUGACAACGUGGUUUAACAAACCAAUUAUCCAGUUUAUGUUUGAAAGUGUUUGUAAAAUCAGCCAAAAGUAUGAAUUUCAAAUUAAAAAGUGUCAAACCAUCGAGGUUUACCGGUUUUAUUUUCACUCGAGUUCAUUUUUGGCGUGGCGCGGGCUAUUUUCGGACUAGCCAAACAAGUUUGCCGGUUCCCCAAAGGACAUUAGACAAAUUUUUGAUGUGGUGUGUUCGGUGUAUUUUUAAAGCCACAACAGAUGCUUUCAUCCGAGUGACAAACACACACAGAUAUAUUGCAGUCAAAUUCACUGUCACUGGGUUAAUUUU